AGCAGGAUGGAGAGUUUUAUUUAUUUUAUUUAUUCAUUUUUACUGAAGCGUCUUCACUUCUGAUGUUUUAAAGCUGACUGAUCUUCAGCCACUGCGGAACAUCCGAAGACGUCUAAGCUCCUCUGAGUUUUCCAGUUUCCUGAACCGUGUGAAUGUGCUUAGCUCGGAGACAGAGGCAGAGACAGACAGAGACAGAGGCAGAGACAGAGACAGAGACAGGCUAUGAGCUGGAUUAGUGAGGAGGUAAAGCGCGUCUCUCUCUCUGAGUCGAGGCGGAUUUCCAUCCCUCUGUCCGGUCACUCACAGCGACCUGGUUUGAACCGCCUCAUCUCCUCCUCCUCGCGCUCGCAUGCGGCUUUUUCUGUGAUUUAUUCUCAUUUUUAUUAUUUAUUUCUUUUUUAUUUGGGGCUCAGACCGUCGUGUGAUGCCGUUCCUCCCUCAGGACGCAGAGCGGCUGGAUGGGCUGUCUCUCCUCUACUGGACCAUCAUGGGCCCCCACGGCGUCAGCCGAGCCGUUCAGAGGCUUGAGUUCUGCGACUGCAAGAGGGGACUCGGUGUUAAAAUAAUCGGAGGCUACAGGGAGAUGACGGGAGAAGACUUUGGUAUCUACAUCAAACGUGUGAUAUCUGGAGGGCUGGCGGCUCUGGAUGGUCGGCUCAAGUCAGGUGACCUGAUUUUGGACGUCAAUAACAUCAGCCUCAUCGGGGUGACCAAUGAGAGGGCCGUGGAGAUCCUGAGGACGGCGUCGCUCUCUAAUCACAUGUCCCUGCUGAUCGCCAGAGACGAGGAAUCCAGGAGGGAGUUUACUGAGCUCAUGGAGAAGUAUGGCUCCAAUAAUACCACAGCUUCAGGACGGAUCUCCCCCACACAGCUCCCCACAGGGAAGCUAACGGACACGGCCUCGUCCUCCUCCUCCUCCCGGUCCGAGAGUCCUCAGCUCCUCAGUCCUAAAGAGGGGGGGGUCACCGCCUACGCCCACCCAGCCAACGCCCCCUACACCGUGCACACGCCCCCCCACGUCUUCAGUGACAGUGUCAUUCAGUUGAUAUGUGUUGCCAAGGGAACAGGCCUGGGGCUCGUCAUCAAGGGCGGAGCCAACCGUGCCGAAGGACCAAUGGUGUUCAUUCAGGAAAUAGUGCCUGGAGGAGACUGCCAGAAGGAUGGUCGGCUGCAGGUCGGGGAUCAGCUGGUGUCCAUUAACAAAGAGUCUCUGAUCGGAGUGACGUACGAGGAGGCCCGGAGCAUCCUGACCCGCACCAAGCUCAGACCGGACCCCACAGUGGAAAUUGCUUUCAUCAGACGGAGGUCUUCUUCCAGCUCCAGCAGUGGACCCCAUAGUCCCAUCUCCGUGCCGGGGUCCAGUGCUGGGGGUGUGCAGCCUCAGGUGAGGGCCCCCGGGUCGGGCGUCGUGCCUCCACAACCGACCGUGGUCACCAAGAUCACCUCCAGCCGGAACCCUGCCAGUGAAACCCUGCCGUCCGUCAACGUCACUCAGGUGCAGGUGUCUCCGGUCAGAGCAGAGCAGACAUGUGUCUCCUCACCUCUGGAGAGUGACGCCAUCACUGAUACAAACCCUGAGUGUUCAUUUCGUCAGCCUCCUCAGAGGACGUGUUCCCUCAGCAGCACCUGUCGCCUCAAACUGGACCGACUGGAGCAGGCUCUGGAUCUGAUUGGUCUGAAGCCCACGGAGGCUCAGAGGCAGGCGCUGGGGUCCAGACUACGAGCCGAUCCGUCCGGGACGGUGGCCUUCACAGACUUGGAGAAUCUGAUCAGGGAGCUGUUCAAACCUCAGCUGGACGAACUCUGUCCCCCCGGUUCCAGGUUCACCUCCGACGACCUGUCCAGUUUAUUGGAGUCUCCGACGGAGCCACGGCUGUCCCUGUCGGACUCUGAGGACCUGGAGGAGAUGGAGAAGCUGAGGAAGGAGCACAUCGAGGCUCUGAGGGAGAUCAAGAGGCUUCAGGAGCAGCUGGUGGAGGCUCAGAGAGUUCACCACCACAUGGAGGAGGAGCUCAGUAAAGUCAAACAGGACGUGAAGUCUGGAGCUGAGGAGAGUCGGGCUCUGAGGACCCGGAUCCAGCUGGCCGAGGCGGCCCAGAAGCAGGCGAGGGGGAUGGAGAUGGACUACGAGGAGGUGAUCCACCUGCUGGAGGCCGAGAUCGCCGAGCUGAAGACUCAGAGGACAGAGCGCCCAACGCCCACCAAUAAGGAGGAGACGGACGAGCUGAAGAAGAGAGUGGCCGUCCUGGAGUGUCAGCUACGGAAGAGCGAAGCGACCAAAAAGGGUUUCGAGAUGUCGACGGGGAAACUGCUGAGCUUUGUGGAGAACGUCCAGGAGUUUCUGCUGGAAAGCCACGGGCCCACCAAGAGCUACAGCUCUGGAGACGUCAAAGUGGGUCCGUCGUCUCAAAGCCUCCCCCCUCGAUACAAGAAGAGUCCGUGGACGGCGGCCACGCUGGCCCAGGAGGCCAAGGAGCUCACACGGACAGUCCGAGCCAUCCUGGAGGUCGACUUGCUGACCUUCUAGACGACCGAGCCGACUAUCAGGAAGGCGUCGGCCCAGGACAGUCCUCCAUCUGAACUCUUCCCCGACUGCUCCUCCUCGUCUCCUCUGCUCACGGACUCUUCAAGUCUGCAUGAACACUGUCUGAUAGCGUGAAGCAGCUCGUUGAUCUUCAACGUUUUAACCCGGAGACGGUGCAGCAGCUCCUCUUCAGGUUAGAACGCUGGAGAGAAACUCGGACACAUGAAGGUUUUCAAGUUCGGUCCACUGGUCCACUUUCAGACCCAAACUACCAGACAGGACGGCCACAAGGUUAUUUAUUCUGAAUAUUUUGUGUAUGUUGUGAGAUGUUUCUAGAAAUGUUGAACUAUGUCUUUCUUUCCAAAAUUAAAUGGAAAUCAAACUCAGAAAAUCCAAAGAGCGCUGAAUAACGGCAGCUGGACUGAACCUUCGCCACUUGUUCGAGUAGCUUCUUCGCUUCGCCGCUCAUGAGUGGAUGAGUCUUCAGUAUCUCUGCCUUUAUUCAACGUCUUUUAGAUAAUCAUGACCUGGAUGACUGAGAACCUUCACCAACUCUGAAAAUUAACGCUGUUUGCCUAAUGAAGCAAAUAAUGUGACCUAAACUAACCAAACUAUUUAUAUAGUGACGAGAAUAUCUGCACCAACACAAGUAAGGUUGUUAGUAUUCUGAAUAUAUCCUGGUUUAUAGUUUUCAGAAAUGUUAACCUACUCGUUCUGAAGGCAAAAGCCAAAACUCAGAUCCGAUCAGAUCAAGCGACUGAUGAACCGAACUUGUCCAACCUGUCGUCGUCGUCCUUUAAACGUCCCUCAGCCUCAGCCUCUGUAUCAGUACACACCAUCAUCUAUCAGUCAAUAUAAACCAAUGGAAACAGUAUCAUAAGGUUGCCAUGUGCCGUAGCUAACCUCCUGUAGCUCUCUGUUAGCUGCUCAGUGUUUCACUCGGUGUCUGUGCAGUAGUUUAGUAACAACACAACAAAACGCCAUCAAACAACAACAUGAGGAGAAAUCCUGCAAACUGAGGUCAGGAAAGAAGAAAACCAGCCACGUCGUCACAGCGGGAACUCAGACUGAAGGACUCCGGUCUGACGACGGGACGCUUUAGACGCUUUUAUCACAUUUGGAGUUGUUUGCUGUUUGUUAUUUUUCAGAGUAAAUAUUCUGAAACAAGCUGCAGAUCAUGAGUUGUUCUUUGUGCAGAAACUGUUCGACCACAUGAGUUGAGACUGAUGCCAUAAAAUAAAAGAAGCAGAAAGUGAUGCAGAA